AUGGAGAGCAGGAGCAGGAGGAGGAGAGCGCACCGUCUUCUUUGUUAUUUCUAAACUCCCGCAGUCCCAAAACCAUGACCCUGCUCCCAGUGACUCGCCUGGGUCCGAGUGGCCGGUGUGCACGAAAGCGGACGGAAGACUCCCUCCGGAGUUUUUUCGCAGUGGCAUAAAUAGAAUUCUGGAUCGAAUAAUUGUACACUGUGGGCUCUACGGGGACGUGAUAUAUGGAUGCUGGGACUAUGAGCAUAAGCGAGAAAAGGGGUUACAUAGCAGACCCAGGAGGCAGCUUCACUGAGGAUGCUCCCAGACCUCCGGUCCCGGGAGAGGAGGGAGAGCUGCUGUACAGUGACGUUCGCCAGCACAGCAACCUCGGCUCGUCCUUGAAGAAUGAUGGCCUCAAAUGUGAAACGUCUGUGGCUACACCCAGGCGACCGGACUUGGAUCUGGGUUACGAGCCAGAGGGCAGUGCUUCCCCAACACCACCCUACUUAAAAUGGGCAGAGUCUCUUCACUCCCUCCUGGAUGACCAGGAUGGCAUCCACCUCUUCAGGCAGUUUCUCCAUCAGGAAGAGUGUGCAGAUGUACUGGACUUCUGGUUUGCGUGCAGUGGCUUUCGCAAACUCGAAGCGAGCGAGGGCAAUGAGGAGAAGAAGGUGAAACUGGCGAAAGCCAUCUAUAAGAAGUAUAUCCAGGACGCCAACGGGAUUGUCUCCAGACAGAUCAAACCAGCGACAAAGUCCUUCAUCAAAGACUGCGUGACCAGGCUAUACAUUGAUCCUGCAAUGUUUGACCAAGCUCAGAUGGAGAUCCAGACUAUGAUGGAGGAGAACACCUAUCCUCUCUUCCUAAAGUCAGAUAUAUAUUUGAAAUAUACACGGACAGGUGGAGAGAGCCCUAAGAUGUACAGCAACCAGGACCCUAUAUCUGGAAAUAGAAAGGGACUGAGUUAUUUACCAACUUUAAAUGAGUAUGAAGAAUGGAAAUGUGACCAAGGACCAGAGGGGCAGCCUGAGUGUUCCUCCACUCCGAGCAGCCAGCCCACUCAGAGAUUUGUAAUGGGGACAGUACCGCAGAGAGUUGGCAACGGUGCAAGAUUCCAGGACAGUCACGAGUACAGGCACGCACCGUGUUGGGAGCCCGUCAGCCCUUACGAUGUCAGCGCGGGUCCUGUCGUGGCUCCAGCCACCAGCGCCAACGACAGCGAGCAGCAGAGCUUGUCCAGCGACGCCGACACACUUUCCCUCACAGACAGCAGCGUAGAUGGGAUUCCACCCUACCGAUACCGCAAACAGCACCGCCGGGAGAUACACGAAAGUGCCAAAGCAAACGGGCGAGUGCCACUACCUCAUUUUCCACGCACGAACCGGAUUCCAAAGGAUAUCCAUGUGGAGCCGGAAAGAUUUGCUGCAGAGCUGAUCAGGAGGCUGGAGGGCGUGCUGCGGGACCGGGAGGCUCAGCACACGCUGGAGGAGCGACUCCACAGGGUGCAUUUGGAUGAGGAAGGUGAAGUGGAAGACGAUGAAGUCACCAUGUCUGCAGUCUCAUCAUUAUCCAGUCACAGGUUCCCCCCUGGUGGCCAUCCGCAGAACUACAACCCCCGCCAUGCUGACAUCUACGGCGGCCCUUUCUUCAGAGAUGCUCACGAGGAAAACCCCGAGAGCAUCCUGGACGACCACGUCCAGCGGGUCAUGAAGACGCCCGGCUGCCAGUCCCCGAGGACGGGCCGCCAAUCUCCCAAGUUGCGCUCCCCAGACGGUUUUGCAGGGGUCAAAGGGACGGGACAGUCGCUGCAGGGUAAACAUCCCAGCAGGCAUUACCUGAGCGGCGAGACGAGCCACUUCCACCACCACAAACAUGCGCACCACUUCCACCACGCGGGCUCGGGGAAGCCCAGAGAGCCAGGGGAGGCUGAGGCCACGCACGCGCACGGCGGGUUUCCCUGGAGCAUGGAGACCAGUCACUAUGGUUCCAGGUCUCACUGCUACGCAGAUGGGAUGGUGUCCAACCCAGUGGAGCAUACAGGACACAACAAAGGUGGAUUCCAGUGUAAGAGAGCGUUGAAGAAAGGUGAGGACGUACGUCCUCCUGACAUGCCCGGGGCUGCGGAGGAGAUGGAGAAAAAACAGAAGAUCCUUUUGUGGCUGAUGGAGGGACAGAACGAGGUGGUUCAACACAAGAGGAUGCCGUACGGGAGCGUCUGCGGUUCCAAGAGGAGCACGGGCCACGAGGGGCCUCGCCCAGGGUCUGCAGACAGACCGGGCUCCAUGCACCCGUGCCUCGGCUCCCAGCCGCGGCCCAGCGUGCAGCCGUCGCACCCCUUCGUCCAGGACCCCACCAUGCCCCCCAACCCCGCCCCCAGCCCCCUCAUCCAGCUGGAGGAGGUUUGCCGGCGUCUGGAGGAGGAGAAGAUCAAGUCUGGACCUUCACAGCCCAAACAGAAGUAUGCGCUGCAGGUGAUCCAGAGGGGUCGCACCGCACUCAGGCCCCCGCUGUUCCCUGCGCUCAACGUGGUCCCCGCCGUUUCAGACAACGAGAUGUCCGACCCCGAGCAUAAAGCUGCAAGGAAAGCGCCGUGUGAAAACAUAACUGUGGCGUACCACUUCUGCGAGGAGCUGAUACCGUACAGGACGUCCGUCAGAGGACGAGUCGUCACACUGGGCCAGUUCAAAGAACUGCUGACAAAGAAAGGAAACUACAGGUAUUACUUCAAGAAGGUCAGCCACGAGUUUGACUGCGGAGUUGUGUUUGAAGAGGUACGUGAGGAUGAUGCUAUUUUGCCAAUCUUCAAGGAAAAGAUCAUCGGGAAAGUGGAAAGAAUUGAAUGAAGAGCGCGUUAGAGAGGAAGGAGGCGACGCCGGGCCGAGGAGCCGUUCACUGGUGAAGAGGAAGUGUUUGAAGACUGCAGUCAGAGGAAAGUGACACACUGGAAAAGAAGUGAAAAGAUGAAACUAGGAACAAAAAAAAGACCUCAUUCACUUCUUAGGGGUGUAAUGUAGCAUUGUAAAGUUUACUAGAUAGAUGAAGAACAGAAGCUACUAAAGCUACAUAUUUUUGAUAAAGAGGAAUCAGAGGUUUUUCCUUUCUAAAGUAACUGCACUUGUCAUUUUUAUAUGUAUUGAUGCCAGAUAUGUACAGUUUGUGUUAAAGGAUAACAAAAUUUUAUAUCUAUUUAAGUAUUUAAAACACAAAUUUUCAACUUUUAUCAAAGUGUGGCCCCUGUUGAAGAUGAUGAACAUCCUUUUAUAGGGCUGAUGUCCGUUUCUCGCUCAUCACAGGAACCUUCUGGAUGAACAUGUGUGCUCUUCUAAGUGCUCUCAGUACCUGCCACAACUUUACUUUGAGGCAUUUAGAGAGACUGCUUGUUGAUGAUAAGCUUAUACCACUUAAGACUUAGUGUUGGCCCUAUAAAAAGACUAAACCGUGGCCCGUUGCCACAGUCCUGUGGUCAUGAUGUUAACUGCAUUCAGAAGGAAGAACUCCAGACGUUAGCGUACAAUUAAAGCCUUUUUCCGGUUUGGAGUGUUGAUUGAAUGUUUCGAUAAGUGUUUUGUUUGUUUCUGAAAAGCAGUUUUGCUCGGUUCCAUCAAUCUCAAAUGUUUCUCCUUUGAGCCCUUGGAAGUGUCGCUGGUACCUAGACUGGUUUUAUGUCUCACCCUCAACUGCAUCUUACCCUAAAAAGACAAUCAACACUAAAUGCAAUAAUAAUGGUCAAAAAGAAAUGAUUAAAUUUACUGUGAAGCCAGCCCAAAAAGAUUUUUUUUUCCUCCGAAAAUGGAAAAUAUAAUGGAAUUUAUUUAUUUCGGGCAUUUACGGGAUCAAAGAAAUGAUCACAAUUACAUUCUUUUGGCAAGUUAGAAAACAUUAACUUGGGUAACUUCGUCAAGACCACAUGGUUUCCCUUUUUUGGGGGUUUUAAAUUUCUUGGCAGAAAUUCAAAUUAUUUGACCUUUUUUGCAAAUAUUGACUUGGAAGGUUUGGAGACAUUUUUCUUUGAAUCCUCUAGUUCUAGUUGAAAUAGUGAGUUUUCUUACACAGCGUUAGAGGUAACAGCUCCUCUGCGUUUAUAUGCUCGCGCGGCCAGUGAAUGUCAUUAAACUGUGUGCACGGAGGAUUAACAGGCACGAACACACACACACAAAAAUCCUGCAGAUUUUUAAUUUCUGUCUGAUUUCCAAGAUGCCACUCGAAUCUUUAGCUGUUUGGUGAAUUAAAAAGGGGACUGGAUAAAAGGAACAUUUCAGCGUUGAAACAAGCCCAGAUCUGUUGCUAUGCGGUAAUCAGUGUAAACUUUCAAUAGGGACCAAAAUGAUGUGAAUCCCAUCAGUUUUGAGUUAGUAUGGAAUUAGUCUCCUCCAAAAUGACAUAUCUUUUGCACUUGGGACAAUCCUCUUACAUCAUAAUAAAUUGCCACUUUAAGAUUUAUAGAUGUGUUUCCAUUAAAUUGACAGUGCGGUCCCUACACAAACUGAAGUCAUUUUAACUUUGUAAGUGUACAGAAAGUGUAUAAAAAGGACUGUAUGUACAUAGACCUUCUGUGCAAGUCGUACACCGAACGUUGCACAAACUCCUUACCGCCUAACUGCAGAGGAUUGUUUUAACUCCGCAGUGUUCCUGUAAGAGCUGACGUCUAAUCUGAAGCCUUCUCUAGCUUAUCUAUCACAGCCAUACCUUGUGCCUGAAAAGGAAUCUAUUUACACCAAAGAGAAAAAAGUAGAAGGUUGUUGCUCUGACGUGACCCCACUUUCAUCUUUAUUUUAUGGCAGCACUUGUUUUUCACCCGGUAUUGCAUUUGGUCUUUUAUUAUAGAGCACUGGAGGUCUCACAUCGAAGGCCAAAUUUUAUACAUGAAUUAUCAACCUGCAGUCAUGAGCUGUGGGUUUAUUUAACAUUUAGAAGAAACACUGGAAUUGUAAAAAUGUAGGCUAUUAGCUGUCUGUUGCAAGACUACCGGUAAAACAAAACAGUUUCUAGCCAGCUUACAUCUUUAUCUGUCAAUGUAAAUGACAUUUUUGCACUGGAAUAGCACACAAACGGAGUGUAAACAGAGGUGGCGAGAUGACUUGAGUCUGUUUCUUCAGUUUCAGCCAGCAGGAAGGAUGAUGAGACGGCUGGAUCUUGAAUCCAGAGCGCUCUGAUUCAACGUGUUCUCGCACAGAAACCCACUUUAGACUCUUUUAUUUCUUUUCAUUAAGAUGCUGCUCAUUGAAAUUACUAACUGAAAUGAGUUUAAUAUAUAUUCACAACUGGUGAUUGUUUGUUUGUCUGUGAAAUUUUCCUUUCUUCCAUUAUGUGACUCUUUUAAUGCUUUUAUUGUUUUUCCAUCGUUGAUUAUUUUGGAUCAUAGGAUCAACUCGGUUCUGAUUCUUACUGUGAAAGCCCCAAAAGUGAACUUCUCUUAUUUAAGAUCAACGAAAUGUGUAAAAUAAACUGCAGAGUGCCUUUAUGACGCUAAUGAUGUCUACAUUGUGACUUUCAGAUACAUAUGACGACAUGAUUACCAGGGACUAGCUUUAGGGUUUGUUUGUUUUAUGUGUUUGUUGACUUUCUUUUGUAAUUGGGACGUUGAUCCUGUUCUGUCAUUGUUCUGCCUUAUUUAUGUAAAUAUGCAUCACUUUAAUUGCCAUCAGCCGGCGGUGGCGCCAUCGCUCAUGAUGUCCCGGACCCACGUGUGUGUGCGUGUGCGCACCGACUCGCAUGGUCACCAUUUGAAGGUACCUGGACAAUAAAUAGAUGCAACAAACUA